AUGACUUGCCCUCUUCAACUCCACCGGUUCAAUCCUACAACCGACCCAUCCACCGCCAUCGCAAACGGCGUUAACUGUCCCAAGCCGCCGCAGACCGCGCCGUCAACUCGCCGUCUGUUGCCCAAAGGAAGCGUGCCGGAAGCGGUGGGACGCCACCACGCGCACGCGGUGGGGCCCGGCCAGUGCUGCUCCGUCGUGAUCCAGGCGAUCGAGGCGCCGAUCUCCGUCGUGUGGCCGGUGGUGCGGCGCUUCGACAACCCGCAGGGGUACAAGCACUUCGUGAAGAGCUGCAACGUGGUCGCCGGCGAUGGCAUUCGCGUCGGCGCGCUUCGCGAGGUGCGCGUGGUCUCCGGGCUCCCGGCCGUGUCGAGCACCGAGCGGCUCGAGAUCCUCGACGACGAGCGCCACGUGAUGAGCUUCAGCGUCGUCGGCGGCGACCACCGCCUUAGGAGUAACGGAGGGACAGUUGUGAUCGAGUCCUACGUCGUUGACGUACCGCCCGGUAACACUAAGGAGGAGACUUGCGUCUUCGUGGAUACAAUCGUACGGUGCAAUUUACAGUCCCUGGCUCAGAUCGCUGAAACCAUGGCAAGUCAACACUGA